AUGGCCAUCGAGGGAAGGAAGAGGCUGCUCGAUAUCGAGGGUAGCGCGCCGGCGGCUAAGAAGGCGUGUCUGGGACGUGAUGAGGACGCGUCUGUGAGAAGUGCCAGUCCUGACGUGAGCUCCGUGUUCGACACGUCUGCCAACGAUGCAUCAUGGGUCACCACCACGAGCGAUCAUGAUACAGCUCCACCAGCGGCGACUAGAGCAGAAACACUCCGUCUUCGCCUAUCGCUCGCCAACUACAAAGUCCGCACAGGCCAAACGACCGUGCCCCUCUCCGAACUCCAACAACGACCGCUGCCCCGCGAAUCCCCGCGCGUCGUCCGCGUGCAGAGUCCCUUGUCCCCCGUUGCGCCUGCGCCUGUCCAAGAGGAAGUGGAAGCGGCUGCUGAGACGAGGAGUCGACGAGACUCAAUAGAUUCCCAGGCGACCGAGAUCGUGCCUUCAGACGACGAGGAGCAAAUCUGA